AUGUAUUUAAAAAUCCAGUCAUUUAUUCAGAAUAGUAUCCAAUGUAAACAUGCAUAUUGGAACGAUCUCCAUAAUACAAUGACUGGCAUAAAUGCAAAGUCUACAGCCGGUUUUAAAAAAGGAGAAGUGAAUUUUAAUGAUGUAGGUGAUAUGAAACAGAAAGCACUGGCAGAGGAUAAAGUAAAGAAUAAUGCUAAAAUGAUAUGGGUGUCAUGCAUGAUUACUUGUUUUGAAACACCAAGUGUUUCUUUAAUAUCCCAUAUACUACCUCAGUCCAAUAAUAGUAAUUAUGAGAAAUCGCUUGAUUUGUUUAAAGGACGUUCAGAUCUAAUGCUCAGCACCCAUACCAUAUAUAAAUAG